AUGAGUACAAGUCAACAACAACUCCCUCCUCGGAACAAUGGGCCCAAGUUCACGACAGGCACCACACGUUGGCCUCGCGUGAAUGGCAGCAGCGAGCGAACAGGGAGCUCCGAUUCCGACACUGAACGAGACUUUCGCUCCGCUUCUCGCUCGGACCCCUCUUCGAGAUCGCGCACCCAUCAUUCGCGAGGUCCGCACGGCCGUCGCAGUCCUGACCAUCGAGCACCUGCCUCUAUUGAAACGGCCCCCGACGCCCCAGCUGUCCCAUACUGGUCCGGAAAACGUCACCUUACAUGUGGAAACCCAACGCCGGGCCCUCCAUGGUCGGCCAAAAAUACUCCAUGGCGCGGUUCGGCGCCUGGAAAACUGAAAACAUCGAACGCGGUGCUAAUCAUAUGUUUGAACAUCGGUGUUGACCCGCCUGAUAUCGUCAAGACCGACCCAUGCGCCAUGCUCGAAUGCUGGGUCGAUCCACACUCAAUGCCGGCGAAGAAGGCUCUAGAGGCAAUUGGCACCAAUUUGCAGCACCAAUUCGAAGGGCUCAGCACCAAGAUUUCGUAUAAACCAAUACUAGACCCUGAAAUCGAAGAGCUCCGAAGAUUCUGUAUUGCACUGCGAAAGCAGUCGAAAGAGGAUGCCGUUGUAUUCUACUAUAAUGGGCAUGGUGUGCCUAAACCAACUUCAAGUGGUGAAUUAUGGUGCUUCAACAAGGACUAUACACAAUACAUCCCUAUAUCCAUUCAGGAAGUACAGAGCUGGAUCGGAUCUCCAGGCGUGUACAUUUGGGAUUGUUCAGCUGCUGGGAAUCUUUUACACAACUUUAACGUUUUCGCUGAAAAACGAGACAAUGAAAUCAUCAGUACACAUGGCGGCUUCCCGGAAGGUGCUCAACCGAUGAUGAAUUCGUUGCAGCUAGCUGCGUGUGGCGCCAACGAGACUCUUCCAACUUGUCCAGAACUCCCAGCCGACGUUUUCACAUCCUGUUUAACAUCGCCAAUCGACAUUGCUCUGCGAUAUUUUAUUAUGAACCAUCAACUACCUAACAACAUCACUCAAGAUAUGGUAACCCAACUUCCCGGAGACCUCAAAGACCGACGUACCCCACUCGGGGAAUUGAACUGGAUUUUCACUGCAAUCACUGAUACUAUUGCCUGGACAACGUUCUCUCGAGAAACGUUUACAAGACUCUACCGGUGUGAUUUGCUCAUUGCCUCCAUUUUCCGCAACUUUCUGCUUGCCGAACGUAUCAUGAAAGACUACCAUUGCACACCCCACACAUACCCCCCACUUCCAGCCACCAAUACCCACCCUUUGUGGGCAACCUGGGAUCUUGCAGUAGACGCUUGCCUGCGGCAGUUACCAGAUCUUCUGACAAAACCGGGUAUCAGUGCUCUUGCAAGCACUGGUACCGUUCCAGGGCGAAUUGGGAAAACUUCACGAGACGAUCCAGCAGGUACCGUCAAGACGCCCGAAAAGCCAUACGUGUAUGUGCCCAGUCGUUUCUUCGCCGACCAGUUGACUGCGUUUGAAGUCUGGAUAUCCCGGGGAGGGUCCGCUUUGACAAGGCGAGGGCCGUUAUCUCUUCCGCAGCUUCCUAGCGACAAUCCCAACACACAGAAUCAACCAGUUGAUCAUGAUCCUAUUGCAGACCGGAACCUCGUCCCACGAAAACCUCCCGACCAAUUGCCCAUCGUAUUACAGGUCCUGCUUUCCCAACCACAUCGACUACGCGCACUCAUUCUCCUAUCACAAUUCGUCGAUUUGGGUCCAUGGGCUGUCCACCUAGUGCUUACAAUCGGUAUCUUCCCAUACAUCUCGAAGCUGUUACAAGCAGCAGGCCAAGACCUCCGGCCCGUCCUCAUAUUCAUAUGGGCACGAAUCAUCGCAGUCGACUCGUCCGUCCAAACAGACCUGUACAACACCCAAGGCUUCCGCUACUUCUCCAACAUCCUAAGCAUCCGAAACGAGGACAACCUCCCGAACAGCUCCGAGCACAAGGCGAUGUGCUCGUUCAUCCUCGCGUCCAUCGCUCGGGACUUCCCACAGGGCCAGAUAGCGUGUUUGAACGAGAGGGUGUUUGAUAACUGCUACGAGCUGAUGGAGGAAAAUGAUUUUUUGCUGCGUCAGUGGACGACGCUGUGUAUUGCGCAGUUGUGGGAUGGUAAUGAUGAGAUCAAGGUGUGGGGUGUUGAUAGGGGCACGCAGGAUAAGCUGAUCGGAUGCCUUUCUGAUGUCUCGGCGGAGGUCCGCUCAGCUGUGCUCUAUGCACUCGGUACAUUCCUGGGUGCCAGUGGCUCUGCGGAUCCCAACAGGCGGGGCGGCGGGGGCUCGGGCCCAAUGAGCCAUCUCGAGGAGUUCGUGCACUUCAAGAUGGAAGUGGCCAUCGUCACGGGUGCUACGCUCGCCAUCAAGGACGAUGCGAGCCCCAUGUGCAGGAAAGAGCUGCUUGUGCUGAUCAGCUGUUUGGUGAAAGAGUGGAGAGGGUAUUUCGUGAUUUGCGCGUGGUUGUAUUGGGAGGAGGAUAGGAAAUGGCGGUUAAAUGCCUCGGGCCAUCAUUCGUUCUUCAAUGAUGAAGAUAUCACUAAUCAGGCUGUUGCGGAUUGGUUGGAAGGAUUUGGUGACGAUCAUAGAGCCAGAGAAGAGAAUCGUGUGGUGUUGUCUUCAUUUUUCACUGUUUUCGUGUCACUUCUGGAUCUUUCUGUCGAUCCGUAUGAGGAGGUUGCGACCAAUGCUCAAACGCUUGUCGAUUAUAUCAUGGCUUUGCUUCUGGAAUCGCCUUUCAGCCGUAUGGAGUCUUCGUCACUGAACAGUGCGCCAAUGGCAGACUACGAUAAGCGAGGGUCGCCCAAACCGCACAACCCCCGGACACGGGUAUCCUCUCUGCAAUCGUCGCCCAAUCCUGGUUAUCAAGUACCGCCAUCUCCUGGCGGCUUCGACCGCCCAGGCUUGAACCGUAAUGACAGCGUGACGACGACCCUCGUCGGCGGCGUCGCUUCGACCAUCAAGCGCACCUCUUCGUUCGCCAAUGCCUUGAAACAAUUCGCCGGAGGCAUUGCCUUCCCUCAUUCAGAAGACGGCCGCUCGUCACCCAGCAUCUCGGGCACCCUGCACCACCACCACCACGAAGCCGUCGACAUCUCCCGCCCACCUUCGCCGAACAUGAACCUCGCCAAAUAUACCUCUCCCUAUUCACGCCCUCCGUCUUUCAGACAGAGUGCGUCGGACUAUGACGGCUCGCCGACGCGGUCUGCGGAAGAACAGGUGCAGCCUCCUGCGGAAUUCCUCGCGUGUGAUGUUAUGGAGGCACUUAUGGAGGAGGAUCUUGAGCGCCUGAGGGCGCGCAGGAGAAGUGCCUAUCAAAGAGGGCACGGACGCGGGUCGAUACCCAGUCCUAGCAAUAGUACAUUCUCCAUGGAUUCGACCAACAGCAGUGUCAUUUUGGGUAUUGGCACUGGUGCUGGAAUUCACGAUUGUCUGCCUUUGAAGAGCACCUUUUUCGAUUGGUGUGCGGAAUACUUCAAGGAACCGCAAAUGAGGCAAACUGAAGCGGAUGAACCUGGUAGUACACAGUAUAACUACCAAGUCUGGAGACAGCAGCGCAAUGACCAAGUUAUCAAGGAAACAGAUUCGCAAGCUUCAAUGGCCGAGCACCAUCGAUGGGAUCGUUCUGUGGCUUCGAUAAACAUUUCUGGCCAUCCGAUGACAAUGGCCUUCCAUUCAUAUGACAAACACCUUGUCAUUGCAAACGAACAUGACAUGAUCAGUGUUUGGGACUGGCACACUCGAAGACGACUUAAUUACUUCUGCAACGGCAAUCCUCGAGGAACAAGUAUUACCGGGCUCCACAUCAUCAACCAAGAGAUCGGUGGUAUCAUUGUAACAGGCUCAGCGGACGGAAUUGUUCGUCUGUACCGCAACUAUGAUCCUACACUGGACCAAGGGCCCCUCCAGAUGGUCAGCGCCUUCAGAGGCCUGAAUGAGAUGAUUCAAUCGCGACAAGGAAGUGGGCUUGUCAUGGACUGGAAGCAGUCGGGUGGUUUAUUGUUGGUUGGAGGCGAUUCGAGAGUGAUCAAAGUAUGGGAUGCUUCGACGGAGCAACAAGGAUUGGAUCUGGACACCAACUCUGAGAGCCCUGUCACAUCUAUCGCCCAUGAUAUUGGAUCGUCGAAAAUGUUUGUGGCAGGCUUCGCCGAUGGUGUUGUUAAAGUCUUUGAUGGUCGUCUUGAGGAGGAAGAUGCUAUCGUGCGCACUUAUUCUGACCACACAUCCUGGGUCCAGAAUGUGCGAUGGCAUCCCACUCUGAAUGGACAGAUUCUGUCGGCAGGGAUUGAUGGCGAAGUGAAGCUGUUCGAUUUGCGUAGUCAUGAUUAUGCGCUCAGAACAUGGAAUCUCCAUCCAAAUGGUCUUUCUGCUUUCGAUGUCCAUCCUACUUGUAAUGUGUUUGCUGCGAACUCUACUAUUACUCCUGUCCAUUGGAAAUCGCAGCGCAUAGUCGUACAAUCAAUAAAUAAAACAUCGCCUCUCUGUACUCUCAACGUCGGAACUGGCCUAACAACUCCUCCUGUUCGAGGCCUUCCUUCACCAUUCUUCCCGAGAGCCAGUUCUCUUGUAUUCCACCCCACGGAAAUGUUGUAUGCUACUGGUGGCCCGGAUGGUUGUGUGAGAAUCCUGGGCUGCCACUUCGCAUAA